GUGCAGCACAAACAGGUGUAUCCCAAACAGGUAAAGCUGCUCCUUCUUUUUCCUAAAGGGCAAACAUGAUGGCGUGUGCUUGACAAACCAACACCUAAGCACACGGAGGAUUUACACUUUUUUUUCUCCACAAGGACUGAGUUUAUACAACUAUAAGAUUCAAAUUUCUCGCCCGGGACGAGGCUUUGGAAGGGAUCAAGGAUGGAGGCAUGAGUCCGCCCUCGGUGCUUCGUGCAUGUACCUGUCAUUAAGGAUACCAUUACCUGGACUGAUGAUCUUUAUUUCGGCACUGAAAUUGUCCCAGCUUGUGCACAGUUAACUGCCGAGGACAAUGACACCUCUGUUGAACAGACUGUCUCGGUGUAUCUUUGUCCUCUGGAGCUUUGUUACAGUGCUACAGGGAGACUUUGUAGAUCUGCCAUCAGAGGAUCCCAUCCGCUCCUUGGCAGAGGUCGAGACCACCCUUCCCUGUCUCUACCAGCUAACUGGGGAAGACACUGUGGUGCAGGUCACCUGGUACAAGGAGAAACCCGAUGGCACCAAGGAGCAGAUCAUCACUGCCCACUUCACUGAUGGACAGACAGCGUUUGGGAUGUGGUCUCGACGCGUGCGCUUCAAAAGCACCGAACCCACCGUGGACUCGUCUCUGGUCAUCAUGAGCACAGAGGUCUCUGAUGAGGGGAAAUACCUGUGCCAUGUCAACACCUACCCCUCCGGCAACUUUGACAGAGAGAUGUCCCUCAUUGUGUGGACUAUUCCGAUCUCCAUUCUGGACCCUGUGAUUUUGGUGGAGGGACAGUCCUUCCAGCCGGCCGCUACUUGCCGCUCCAUAGCCCACCCCCCUCCCCAGCUCUCCUGGGACACAGACCUGAAUGGCCUGUCCACCAAUCGAUCCUCUGACAACGGUGCAGUCUCCUCGCAAUUCUCCCUGCACCCCCUGAGGAGCAUGAACGGCAAGAAGCUGGACUGUCUGGUGUGGCAUCCGACUUUGGAGGGCCCCCGCCGGUUCAGCAACAAGCUGGUGGUACACUUCCCUCCACAUGCAGAGGUGUCUGGCUACAAUGGAGACUGGUGUGUGGGUAUUGAGAAUGCUGCCCUGAGGUGCGUGAGUGGAGGAAACCCCAAACCACAGAGUUUCACCUGGACCAGAAUUGGGGGACAGUUGCCGGAAGGUGUGAUCCCCCACCCUAAUGGAACCCUAGUUUUUGGACGACCCCUGAACUUGUCAGAUGGAGGCACCUACCAGUGUGUGGCAAAGAAUGACGUGGGACAAGGGAAAGCGGAAAUGGAGAUUAGUGUGACAGGAUGUGACCCAGUGAAUGGUUUAAUGGGAAAGUGGCUGAUGAUCAUUGUGGGGGGCGUGGCGGGGGGGCUGCUGAUCUUGAUGCUCAUCGUCAUCAUUGCUGUCACUUGUCAUCACAAACGGAGGAACAAGAAACUGGAGAGGGAACUGACUGUGAAGAAGGAGGAAAUAAGCACUCUCACCAGACAAGCUUCUUUCAGGAGAAUGAACUCCGUCAGCACAGACGCCAGAGGAGCGACAGAAGAGAACAUCCCUCUGAGGGUGGAGGGAACCAUAAGAACCAGCAUGUCUUCUCUCGGGGAGACCCACUGCCGUGACAGCCGGUCUACGAUCUCAGGUGGACAGGGAGGAGGGGUAGCAUUUGACUACCUGGGCAGGCCACUCCUGCACAACAACUCGCGGAAGGGACGGGACAGGCUUCUGGAUAGAGACGAGGAGAACCGAUUUAGAGUGGAGACAUACAUGAAAAACAGCGCUAUUUCUUUACAGGAAACUCGUUUCGUCCGUCCUCUGACGCCUUCAAACUUCCCAAAGGUACAGUCCAUUGAUGGUGUAAGACAGCUAAACGGCAGUGCCAUUAUCCCAUCAGCUGGGGGUUCAAGGCCAGGAAGUGUUAUCAGGAAUCACCAGCAGCCUCCUUUGAACUCCAACUACCCACCUGUAACAGAUGAUGAGGAUGAAGUAGAUGAAGGUUUGGGGGGUCCCGCCAGUCAGGAGCACCCCGAUGACAAAGACAGCGAGACCAGUAGCUCCCAGGUGUCCGAGGCUCACAGCACACGCUAUAUGCAGACUAAUGGCACUCUCAGACCAAGCCCCCCUGUGGUCAACCCCCAUGCUUCCUUGAUCCACAAGGCCCAGAUAGUUUAGCAGGCACCUGGAAAAUAACAUGUGAAACUACAAGAAUGGAAAGCUCUGGUUCAAACGUGUAUAAGCAGACAAAGUUGGCCCAGAAAACCAGGUUAUGGUCAAUUAUGAAAAAUCUGCGCCUUGACUAAAAUGCUGCUUUUUCUUUAUUGUGUGUGUGGGACAUGAUGCAAUAGAAUACAUCUUUAAAUGGAACAAUCUACUCUAAAGCAUCUACUGGACAUUUGGACAUCUGAUUUCUGCUUGAUGUUUGGUGAUCAACAUUGUGUUAUGUAUUCCCAAGACGUACUGGCACAAACUAAGACAAUGUUGCAACAUUUCCAGUGCAGCUUUACUACAGUUAUUAGCAGUCAAUACUCUUUGCUCACCUUUCGCAAUACAGUAUCUGUUGCUCUGUAGCAGGGAAAUACAGUUGACAUACCUUUUGUGUGGGAUGUCGAAAGCAAGAACAUCAGUGGGAAAUCAGGAAAAAAGCAGCAGGAGAAGUAGAGGAGGCUUUGGGAGAAGUUGAUACGUCAGAACCGUGCAUUGCAACACCUCAGUACAGAGGGUGGAUUUAUGCUGGAGUGGUGUUCAGGGUAUCAGUGACUAUGUCUGGGCUGACACAACACGCUUUGGGAUCUGAUCCAAACCAUGGGGUUGGUCCUCCUUUGCCACACCUGCAACAUGCAUACCUCCAUACUGUCAUACUGUCCUUGUGCCGGUAUAAGCACUGAGACAUUUUGGAUUAGAUAAAGCCUUCAUGCAGCCAAAACUCCAAUACAGUGUUGUGUCGAUGUGGUGAUAUCACCUGUAAUAUCUGUAAAUCUGUGCAAAUAUGCAAAUUUAUUUUUUCAAUGAAUUAUCUCUUUAAAUCCUAAUCAUCAAUACAGCAAAUAAUGAAUUAGCUGACACUUAUGGCAGAAAAAUAAAUAAUAAACAUACCCUGCUCCUGAAUGAAAGUUUUAACACUAGCCUACAUAUUAAACAUGCACACACACAAAAAUAAAUAGAAGUGUAUCUAUGUUGUGCACAAACAGUGGAUGAAUGCUGAAAAAGCUGCCAUAUGUUUGUUAAAUUACACUUUUAUUUCACUUUUUUUUACUGCAUUAUGUGCUACUUUUGUGACUACACUAUAGAGAG